GCAUUAAGAAAGGAUAUAUAGGUCAUUUAACAAUUGGCUUCAAUAAAAGCUAUGCGCUUUUGUCUCGGCCUCCGUAACCAUACUUCCUCGUCUCUCUCUGCUCUGGUUUGUCCCACCGGUACUCGUCGGCGAGCCACCGCCAGUGGAAGUUCCAGAUGGCUUUAAGAGGGGUUUGGCAGCUUCAAAAACUGAUAGUGAACUAUUGUGACUGGGGAGGAAGUAGUAGGGGCAUCAGGGCAUUUAUGGAGUCGCAUCUACCAGCGUUUAAGGAGAAGAAUCCUCAGCUAGAGUUGGUUACAGAACUCAUUCGUGGUCAGCAUCCACAUUUGAAGGGCUUAUACGGGAACAAAAAUCAACGGGUUAUAUGUGUGAAAAAUAUGGAUCCAGAUGAGAUUUUUCAAUAUGCAACAAGGCUAAGAAACUCAUUGGGAAGAAAGGUGGUGAAACUGAGGACCAGACAUGUGACCAAACAUCCUAGCGUGCAAGGCACAUGGACAACGGACGUCAAAUUUUGAGGUUAAAAGACACAAAUAAUCGGUUUCAUUUAUAAUCAAUGAUCCUGUAUUGUAACCUUGAACAAUUUUCCUUCUAGAUCAUCGAGUUUAUAAUGUUAUCUGGCGCAUUAAUGGGACUUGCAUUCA